GGCAAUUAAGGCCCGUCUUAUAACACCCGGAAGCUGAAUAGGUCGAAAUAGGACAGUGAACUCAUCUGCAGCAGGAAAGCAUCUGGACAUCAAAUCUGCCGGUCUGUUUGCUUCACGAUAAACAUGAUAAAAAUUCAGACCAAAACCAAUCUUCCACAUAUUCAACUCCUCCGUGAGUUUUCUCCAUCGACCAGCAAGCAUUCUUCCUUCAAUCAUAUCAAUAGUAUUUCUGGAAUCCGACUCCGCUUGAAAGUCCCUGUAGCCAUGAGCAAUAGACCAGGAAAUCGCAGUGUAAAAGGCCAAGAGCUCCGCCUCAGCAACGGAUCCGGCUGAGAUUCGGAAAUGAAGAGCAAAAAUGAGGUCGCCGGACUGUGCUCGCAUCACCGCCCCACCAGAGGAUGCAUCGGAGGAGAAAGAUGCAUCAAUAUUCAACUUCAGAUGCAUGUCAGGUGUGUUUAAAAGAAAAAGUCUGUGAUUUACGCGAUCUGACCUCUUUGAAAGCAGAAGACAAGGAGAAGACUCCAUUAUGCUCAGGACUGCUCCCAAGUAUCUAAGAGGCAAAUUGGUCUGAUUCAUGCCCAACAGCCUUUCCAUCCUUCUUAUCCUUACCAAGGAAGUUUUGCCACAUACAAAAUUACUUUUGUUGAAAUUAAUUGCUUGACCAGAAGCUCUUUGAUACAGACCCAAGAAUUUCUUAAAAUUUUGUAAAGAUCUAGCAUCCCCAUUAAUGAAAAUGAGAAUAUCAUCAGCAAAAGACAAAUGGGACACCAGAAAACCACACUGACCAAUCCAAUAGGGUUUGAUUUUAUUAUCAGCCAUUAGAUCUUUCAAACCUCUAGAUAAGGCCUCUGUAGCAAGGAUGAAAAGAAAGGGAGAGAGGGGGUCUCCCUGCUUGACCCCCCUACAAGGCUGGAAAAAACCUUUAGGCACACCAUUGAUGAUAACUGAGAAAUAGGUGGCCUUGAGAUGACCCAUCACCAAAGAUAUGAAUGAAUCUGAGAAGCCAAAUUUCGAUAGGAUGGAUUUUAGGAAAGUCCAAGAGAGCCUAUCAAAGGCUUUUGCCAUAUCUAAUUUGAUCACCAAAUUAGUUCCCCGUAUUUUCUUGUCAAUGGAAUUAAUCAUCUCUUGUGCAACAAGAAUGUGUUCCGAAAUAUCCCUCCCUUUCAUGAAACCUGCUUGUUCAGUAGAGAUAAUCCUAGGUACAAACCUUGAUUCUAAAGGAAUGUGAUUUCCCAAAAAGAAAUCUUGAACAGCUCUAACCACAUCCCAGCCCACAAUAUGCCAGCAUUUUCUAAAGAAAACUCCAUUAUAACCAUCAGGACCAGGGGCUCCAUUCUUAUUUAAAUUCCAGACUGCUUUCUUAAUUUCAUCAAAAGUAGGUAGCUGCAUAAUCAUGUUAUUGUCACUAUCAUGCACUAACUGUGGAAUGUGUUGCAGAAGCUCCUCCACAUCAUGUAUAGGUUCCUCAGAAAAUAUGUUGGAGAAAUAGCUCUCUGCAGAUUUACCAAUAUCAUCAGGUUCAGAAAAGGAGAAUGGGAUUAUGAUCAGAUGAAGCUUUGUUCAGAUGGUUAAUUUGUAUGGAGUCAAAAAGAUUCAAGAAAGAAGAGUUAAACAGAAUCCUGUCUAAUCUACGCCAGACUCUGCCAUUGCUCCUGAUACCAGACCAUGUAUGAGAGCUACCUUUAAAAGGGCGGCAGGCUAAUCCCUAUCACAGAGCCAAUUUGUUCUUGAUGCCGAUCCUAACCUUGAGAAUGCUCUCUACAACUUCCUGAUGAUGAUGGUGUAUGCUGGACGAAGGGUUGCAUCGUCUUGUAUCUCAUUCCCACUCUCAAAGAAGCUCCUCAUGGACUGCCACCCAUCAUCUGCUUCCAAGAGCUGCUCCGGGUCUGGACUUAUGGCCUUGGCGAAGCAGCUGCGCCUGUAUAAGGCUCCACCAAGCUAUGUGGAUGAGAGGUCAGAGGCGGUCUCUACGGUGGGUUUUCAAGAAUCUAUGACCUCAGUUGUUGGGGGGUUUCAAGGAUCUACAACCAAGAGGGCUGCUGUCUUGAUCUGCCUCUUUGAAGGUGCUGCUGGAGAGUUUCGUGUUAUUCUCACUAAGAGGUCUUCAAAUCUCUCUUCCCACUCUGGUGAAGUUGCAUUGCCAGGCGGAAAGGCAGAAGAAGGUGAUGCAAGUGACGCUGAAACCGCUACAAGGGAAGCUGAGGAAGAAAUCGGGCUGAAUCCCUCACUUGUUAAUGUCCUCACAUGCCUUGAGCCAUUCAUGUCUAAGCACCUGUUUAGAGUAAUUCCUGUUAUUGGAAUUCUCACUGAUAAGAAAGCAUUCAAUCCCACACCUAAUGUCGCUGAAGUAGAGGCUGUUUUUGAUGUGCCGUUAGAAAUGUUUCUCAAGGAUGAGCACAGAAGAUCAGAAGAAAGAGAAUGGAUGGGGCGCAACUAUUUAAUCCACUACUUUGAUUAUGAGAUGGGGGAAAACAACAAGUAUCUGAUUUGGGGAUUAACAGCUGGUAUCUUGAUCAGGGCUGCUUCCAUUGUGUAUCAAAGGCCACCCGAUUUUCUGGAGCAACUUCCUAAUUUCAAGGUUUCCAGUAGCAGCAGCAGCAACCUUGACUUGAAUUUUAAAAACGCUCUGUGAGUUAGGUCCUAUGUGUGAUUUUUUGCCGAAAAUCUGGUUCUGUAUAAACUCCUUGAAGUGAUAGUGUUGAUGGGAUCUUGAUGAACAUUGUCCAGAAACAAAACAAAUGUAGUUUGCCUUCUAUCCAUGCUUGGCUUCAGAUGGCAUUCUUCGGCCUUUCAGAGAGGACAAAAUUUCUGCUGUGAUUUGCUCCAAAUCGAUAAUUGGGAUUAUUUGUGAAUUUAAAAUACUCAGAUCUGUAUAUCCUUUCGGUUAAUGAGCAAGGAACAAAUCGCUAUGACAGAAUUUAAGUUGUGAAGAUCCAUUGGAUCCAUUUUUUUAGAAUGAUCCAUUGGAUCCAUUAUAUAAAAUAUUUGAUCAUUU